UUGUAUCCACAUUCAGGCUGUAAAGGGGGUAACACCCAUUUGCACCAAUCUGAUUUGCUCGACUUCAUUAAUCUUGAAGAUUCAGUCCUAGUUUCAACAUUGUGGAAAAGGAAAUGGCACCCUAUUACAGUGAUACAUGACUGUAAUAAUUGUUGCCUGAAAGAGAUCCAUCGCGUUCUCAAACCGGGAGGUGUAUUUGGAAUGGUGGAGAUUGACGGAACAUCCAACAUUUACGAAGACAAGAAGGUGUUCGGAGAAAUGGCUACGCUUGAAUAUGCAAUCUCGUUGUUCAAUUGCUUGGCAAUUGGAAGUAACGCAAAAGACGCACUUUGUCUUGGCUCGAUGUGGGGAAGAAAGCGAGCGAAAAAGCUGCUCAAUAAUGCAGGUUUCCAUGACGUCGACAUCAUUCCAACUCCAUAUUUCGAGAGCAACGUUCUUUAUCUUUGCAGAAAAGAAUGAAA